GUGGCCACACCCACCGUCUUCUCAUGCUUUGCAGAACUGAAAGUGACCCUCGAACAAAGAGCAAAAAGAAAAGGUAAAAGCAGAUCACCGCUGCGGCUGCUUGUGCAAUUAGAGGCUUUCUCACCCGGCCCGGCCUCACUUUUUCCGGGGAAAGGGUGGGAAGUUCCAGAUACGCAGGUGGAGUUUGCAAGUAUCAUAUGACCGCCAAGAAAGUUGCACUUCCUGAAAGCCUCCUGCAAGUUGACUUGAGUUGCUUUUGCUGAGCAGUUGUUGGCCGAGAGGAGGAGGGUGUGUGCGUGCCGCGAACACCUUCCCAUGGAGAGCUUCUUUAAUCACCGCGAGACCCUCUGGGCUCUGUUAAUAGCCUAUCUGCUGCUGGCCGCACAGGCAGCAGAAGCAGGAGAUGGAAGGCGAAAGGCCAGGAGUAAUAUCAUACUUAUCCUGACAGAUGAUCAAGACAUAGAAAUCGGGGGAAUGACCCCCAUGAAGAAGACAACAUCACUGAUUGGUCAGUCAGGUGCCACCUUUGCAAAUGCAUUUACAGUGACUCCACUGUGUUGCCCCAGCCGCAGCAGCAUCCUGACCGGCUGUUACCCUCACAACCACCUGGUGAGAAACAAUUCCUUGGAUGGCAACUGCAGUAGCCCGGUCUGGCAGAAGUUUCAGGAGCCUUUCACCUUCCCGGUUUAUCUCCAGAAGCAAGGCUACCAGACCUUCUAUGCUGGCAAAUAUCUCAACCAGUAUGGAGACCCCAAAGCAGGAGGUGUUCUGCAUAUCCCCCUGGGCUGGACCUACUGGCUAGGCCUGGUGGGGAAUUCCAAGUAUUAUAACUACACUCUUUCCGCCAACGGACAUGAGGAGACGCACAGAGACCGUUAUGAAGAAGACUAUCUGACUGACCUCAUUACCAACCGGAGCCUGCAGUUCCUGACCCAGCUUUCCCGCCCUCCAUUCCUCAUGGUUUUGGCUCCGCCUGCUGCUCACUCCCCAUGGACUGCAGCCCCCCACUACAAGUCGGCUUACAGCUCCAUCAAAGCACCGUGCGAUGGAAGCUUCAAUGUCCAUGGGAAGGACAAGCACUGGCUGGUAAGGCAAGCGAAGACUCCCAUGUCAAACACAUCCAUUGAAUUCCUGGACAAUGUCUACAGGGAACGCUGGCAGACUCUGUUGUCUGUGGACGACAUGGUGGCAAAGGUAUUGGAUCAGCUGAAGUCUCUUGGCCUGCUGAACAGCACAUACGUGUUCUAUACUUCCGAUCACGGUUACCACACAGGUCAGUUUUCACUGCCCAUUGACAAGCGGCAGCUUUAUGAGUUUGACAUCCGGGUGCCGUUGCUUGUGCGAGGCCCAGGCAUCAAGCCAAAUCGGACUUAUCUAGAGCCAAUCCUCAAUAUUGAUCUGGGGCCCACCUUCCUGGACAUCGCAGGAGUCGAUGUGUCUCAGACCCCCAUGGAUGGACAGUCCUUCAUGCCCCUGUUGGUGAACAAGACAAACAAUAGAAGCUGGCGGUCAGAUUUCCUGGUGCAGUACACUGGUGAAGGCCGUACUGGUGGAGACCCCCACUGUCCUGCCUUGGGGCCAGGGGUAUCGCAAUGCUUCCCUGACUGUGUGUGUGAGGAUGCCUUCAACAACACCUAUGCCUGUGUGCGCACAUUAAGCCCCAUCAGCUUGCAGUACUGUGAGUUUGCUGAUGCCCAGAGUUUUGUCGAAGUCUAUAAUCUAACUUCAGACCCACACCAGCUCCUCAACGUGGCCAAGACCGUGGAUCCUUCGCUGCUGGAGCAGAUGAACCAAAGGCUGAUCAAGUUCCAGGCUUGCUCUGGCGCCAGCUGCCGCUCCUAAGCGGACCCUGAGGUUGCUGCUCCUGUGUGCCUGUGCCAAGGAACCCAACAGGGCCAUUUUGGGUCUCUCUCUCGCUUGAUUUUAGCAGCUUCCCCUCUUUUCUCUACUUGUCAACCAGUGUUGAGCUGAUUUUCCCCAGUUCCGGAUCCCAUGGCUUUAAGCCUCUGGCCAGCUUUGCUGGAGGGGUGAUGGUGGACAGAAGAGUGGGAGGACGGGGAGCCAAAGGUCUGUGACCGACUUCCCAUUAAAAUGCUCUGAUAUCCAGUUCCAGUGCUGCCUCUUUUGCUGCUCACCUACACCUGUUGUUUGCCAUCAGGGUUGGCAACAAACAGGUCAGAUUUCACCACUCGGGGGGUCAGGUCUGGCCUAGUGGCCGUCAGUUGCUGACUAAGUGGUCAUCCCUGGACAGCUCAUGGAUUUCUUUCCUUUCCAGUCCCCUGUCUUGGGGAGUGGUUGGGUAGGAUACUCUCCCUCCCCCCCCAAUUAAUCACUAAUCAGUAUUGUGUCAUAUUCCCAGCAUCUCCUCUCCUCUCUAGAGAGCUGGAGGUGUCCAUCCAUGAUGAUUGUGUGUGUCUUUAACUCCUCUCCACUUAGAAAAGUUUUGGUUCAGAUCCUUUCCCCCAGCAGCUCUGGCAGCUGCUGUGUUGUCCCAUCUGGGCCUGUCCACCUUAAGUGCUGUGAAAAAAAAUGGAAUGGAAUAAAGGACUUGUUUGUUAGAAAA